GAAUCACCAAAAAUGGGCAACAAGAACUCGUGCUGUGCCUAUUCGAGCCCGCAGUCGGACCGCAAGUCCAAGGACAUGCCACCCGUGUUCGAGGAGCGCCACCAGCUGAGCCAUCCGCCGCACACGUCACAGCAUCAGCUUGACGGCCACCACGGUUCCACGGCGGCGGUGCACUUGCAUCACCACCACGGCCAGCACCAGAAUCAACAGAGCGGCGAUAAUUUCGAGAACCAGCAGAAUCUGCAACACAUCUCCGAGCGUGAAGCCCUGGAGGGCGAAGAGGAUCCCUCGGUGGAUCCCACGGCGGCCACCAUGUUCUUGGAACGGUCCAAAGUUGAGAAUGGUGGCAUGACACGAAAGCGUUCCCAACAGCAGAUCGCCCUGCAGCAGGCUGGAAGCGGAGGCGUUGGUACAGGUGGCGGCGGUGGAGGAGGGAGCACUCCCGGUGGCAACAGUUGCGGUGGUGGCGGAGGCAUGAAGAAGAGCUCCUCCUGCUCAACGAUCUACUUGGAUGACAGCACCGUAUCACAGCCGAAUCUGAAGAACACAGUCAAGUGCGUGUCACUGGCCAUUUAUUAUCACAUCAAGAACCGGCAGUCGGACCGGCGACUGGAUAUCUUCGAUGAGAAGCUACAUCCGCUGACUCAUGACCCAGUGCCGGAUAACUAUGAUACGCACAAUCCAGAGCACCGUCAGAUCUACAAGUUUGUACGAACACUCUUCAAUGCCGCGCAGCUGACGGCCGAGUGUGCGAUCAUCACGCUAGUCUACCUGGAGCGGCUGCUCACCUACGCAGAGCUGGACGUGGGUCCAUGCAACUGGAAGCGCAUGGUGUUGGGAGCCAUUCUGCUAGCCUCUAAAGUAUGGGACGAUCAAGCCGUAUGGAACGUGGACUACUGCCAGAUACUCAAAGACAUCACUGUGGAGGACAUGAACGAGCUGGAGCGUCAGUUCCUCGAGCUGCUGCAGUUCAACAUAAAUGUACCAUCCUCGGUGUAUGCCAAAUACUAUUUUGACCUGCGAACGCUCGCCGAAGCCAACGAGCUCAACUUCCCCACGGAGCCGCUGUCAAAGGAGCGCGCCCAGAAACUGGAGGCCAUGUCGCGGGUAAUGCAGGACAAGGUGACCGCCGAGGCGCUCAAGAACGGGAUCAAAAAGUGGUCCUCCAUGGACAACAUCAGUCAGGGCGGUCCGCGACGAAGCGUGGCCAUACUAUCGUGAUUUAUAUUAGCUUACUAAAAAAAAAAAAAGAAAGAUACCAGAUUAAUCGGGGAAACUACUUACAGCAAUGCGUCAAAGAAAUCUGUAUUCAGCAUAGUCCGUAGUGCGUCCGAUCGAUCGUAAUUUGAGAGCAGCUCUACUCUGAUUCAUUUCCGUUUGAACCAAACUUUGCAUGAAAGUUUUUAGCCAGCGCGCACCGGAGGAGAGAAAGCUCGAUCCACACCGAGAACAGAAUCACACUUAUAUAUACACAAAAAAAACGUUUUAAAACUACACACGUCGCGACGUCUCGAAUUAAGGACCACUUUUUAAAUAUACAUGCGAUGAAUGUAUAUUCUUGUAAGCGAAACUACCGAUGCAGUCAAGGAUUUGGAUGAUUUUAACAGAGAUACUACAGAGCAGCGCGUAACCAAUUGCCAAAACAAAUUCAGAAAUAGUAGAAAAUUGUUUAUAAAAAAAAAAAAAAAAACGAAAAAGAAGCUUAAAUAUUUGCAAUCGUCUCAGUCCCACUCAAUGCUGUGGCGUCUAAUCCAAUUUAAUCUCAACGAUUUGGCCUCGGCUGAGAAAUCAUUAUUUACUUAGCGUUCGCGCCCAGAACAUUUCCCUGUAUAAUUGUUACGAAUUUAAUUUGUUUAAUUCUCCCCUUCAGUUUCUCUUAAAAUUAUUAUAUUAUUUUGUGUGAUUCCAUUUAGUUUUAUUAUAAAUUAUGAGCGAUAUUCAGCUUCCCCGCUUGAGGCACACAAUUUAGGGGCGCGGCCAGCGGCAAAUUGAUUUGUUUUUUUGUUCGGUUGAUAGCCUUAGAAGUCAACAAAUAAUGAAUUAUGAUAAAGAGUAAGAAAGAGCACAGCGCAAUAUUAACCCAAAAGAUUUGUGAGUAAAUUAAUGUACUAGACAUAUAAGGAUACGAAUUAUAUGCAAAAUGUAUUUUAUUUUGUAAUUUAUUUUACGAUAAAGCUAAAUAAAAGCAAAUCAAAAGAGAA